UUAGCAUGGCUUCAAAACCAUUUUCUUCAAAGCAAACCCUCGUCCUUGUCGUCCUUUGUCUAACCCUAACACUUACCACCUAUAAUCUCCGCUGCUACAACGAUGACGAAGCAGCCAUAACCACCACCGCCCUCCAUUAUGCCACCACGGAACCACCAGGGUGGUAUGACAAACUCCAAUACAUGAUCCAAAAGCGGUCAGAUAAGCUAAAAAUAGGGCUUGUGAACCUCCAUCUUGACCAAAUCCAAGUCAAUGGUUUAGCUGAUGUCACCACAAUAAACUUCAAAAUUGUGGAUGUGGACAAGAAAUGGGAAGACUUUUUCCCGGAGUGGGUAGACGAGGACGGAAAGUGGGGUCCUAUGAAGUGCCCGGAGAUCCCGAUGCCUCGGACAUACGAGAAGGUGGAUGUGGUGGUAGCACGGGUUCCGGAUGGUGUUCGGGACGUGUUUAGGUUGCAAGUGAACUUGGUGGUGGCUAAUGUGUUGGUGAAGAGUGGGUUGGGUGGUGAUGGGGAGGUGUAUGUGGUGUUUAUUGGGAGGUCAGGGCCAAUGUGGGAGAUAUUUAGGUGUGAUGAUAUGAUAUGGGAAGAAAGUGAUUACAAGAUUUAUAAACCAGAUUUGAAGAGGCUCCAGCAGAAGGUGAAUAUGCCUGUUGGCUCUUGCAUGAUUUCAUCGUCUCUUCAACUUGGUGGAUCGACGUGGCACGCAUACAAAUCACGAGAAGCAUACGUAACCGUCCUCCACUCCUCGGAAACAUACGUUUGUGGUGCAAUAGCCUUAGCACAAAGCAUCCUGCAAACCAACUCAACAAAGGACCUAGUCUUGCUUGCUGAUGAUUCCAUAUCUCCAAAAUCCCUUGGAGGACUCAAAGCGGCCGGAUGGAAGAUCAAGCUUAUCAAACGUAUACGAAGCCCACACGCGGAAAAAGGCGCCUAUAACGAGUACAACUAUAGCAAACUUCGAAUAUGGCAGCUAAUUGAGUACGCCAAAGUUAUGUUCAUAGACGCAGAUCUUUUAGUCUUAAAGAACUUAGAUGAGUUCUUCAGUUACCCCCAACUCUCCGCGGUUGGAAACGAUAGAUACAUGUUCAACUCAGGACUCAUGUUAAUCGAGCCAUCGCAGUGCAUGUUCAAUAACCUAAUGAAAAACAUCUAUACUUUGGGAUCAUACAAUGGUGGUGAUCAAGGGUUUCUUAACGAAGCUUUUACAUGGUGGCAUCGGUUUCAUUCAAAGGUUAACCAUCUUAAGGUUUUCCAAGAUCCGAAUAACCCUAAUCGUAAAAUCAAAGAAAACUUACACACCAUUCAUUAUCUUGGGUUGAAGCCAUGGGUGUGCUAUAAAGACUAUGAUUGUAACUGGGAUAUGAUGGAUCGUCGACGUUAUGCUAGCGAUUCGGCUCAUAAGAAAUGGUGGGAGGUUUAUGACACGUUGCCUAGUACACUGAAGCCGUUUUGUGGGUUGACCAAAAAAAUGGAUGCACGGAUACACAAGUGGAGAGGGAUAGCCAAAAGGGCAGGCUUUAGAGAUCAACAUUGGAAGAUAAAGGUGAAAGAUAGGAGACGGACAUCGCAUAUGAUGUUAGCAACAUUUUAAUUACUCAAAGAUAUAUUUGCGUUUUCUAUGUUCACAUAUUUGUAACUAUUUCUUAAAAACUAAAUAUAAUGUUAAUAGAGGAAAAACCCAACUAAAAAACCAAAUUCAGCAA